CUAAUGAAGGCGAGAGACGGCGUGGGUCGAUUGCUCAGGACGCAGGAGGUCAAGGUGUUUGAAACGGGUGCGUCAGCUCAUCGGGCUGUAUCGCUGUCUGGCCUUCUCAUCCCACACCAUCAUUACUGAAGAUGUUGGCGGCGUUGGCUCUGGUUCUGCUGGUGUCCAGUGCGACGGAGGGACGGAUUCUCAGUAAAUGUGAGCUGAAGGCACAACUCGAGGCGGCUCAGAUUCAGGUGACUGAAGCCAUGGGAGACAAAACAACCGUGGACAAAUUCAUCGCUAGACUUGUUUGUAAUGUGGAAAACAUUUCCGGCUUCAACACCAGCCUCGUCACCAGCGUCCAGAUCAACCAAGAUGAGAUCAGACCCCCGUUCCAAAUUCCUCCCAAACCAAAAGACGAAAAAACACCAGCAAAGGAAGACAAUGAUGAGAAAUUGGAAGAAGAACACAUAAUCCCUGUUCAACCACAAAGUCAUCCCAAGGGAAGACGUGGAAGAUCUGUCCCUGAGGGCAAGACCUUUGAGAAACAGGGAGCAAAGGAGGUUUUCUGGGCAUGGCACCGUGAUCUGUUCCCGGAAAAGGUCCCCGCCGACUCGUCUGGAAGCGGCUCAGAGGCGACGUCCGAGGAGGACAGCUCCGGAGACAGCUCAGAGGAGGAGGAACGGGAAGAUGUCGUCGCAUGGAGCCCGUUGGGAAUCUUCCAGCUGAGCGAUCGCGUUGCUUGUGACUCCGGAUUGAGUGGAUCGCUAAACCUUUGUGGUCUGGAGUGCAGUGCUCUCAUCAAUGAUGACAUCACCGAUGACAUCGCUUGCUUGGAGACUUUGGCGGGAAGUCGCGGCAAGCUCAGUGGCUUCAAUCCCAAGAAGAGAUUCCUGGCUAAGAUGUUGGCAAUGGAGCUGGUGAAGGAGUGUCGCUCUGUCGUUCCUUCUAAGUAUUUCGCUGAGUGCGCUUAAAACAUCCCGACGGAUGAAGCUUCUCCAUCCGACGGCUGGAACGACCAUCUUCACCGCUGAGGCCGUUUUUCAAUCACAUGCAAGGAGACUCAACGGUUACUAUUUCACACACUUAAAGACCCAAUGAAUUCAAAAUUGUACCUUUAGGGGCUUUUAGAUCAUUUAUAUGUUAAUGUACCUG